AUGUCGGCUUUAAGAGUAACCACAGCUUCAUUAUCGCGCAAAGCGAUCACUGCCUGCAGGCCCCGGGUCUAUCUGGGAGUGCGCUGCAGCGUGCGGCCGGUGCUUCCGACCAUUCGGCCGAGCAACUACUCAACGAGCGCGCCGCGACUGUCUCUUGCUCCUAAGAUCGAACGCGGCGGAUCAAAAGUAUUCAAGGAUGCUGAUGCCGCAGUCGCUGAUAUUAAGAGCGGGUCGACGAUUCUGAGUUCCGGGUUCGGAUUGUGCGGGGUUGCUGAAACGCUUAUCAAUGCCAUGGGCCGACGAGGUGCAGAUCAAUUGCAUUCCUUGACGGCUGUCUCAAAUAAUGCUGGUGCCGCUGGCAAGGGAGGACUCUCGACAUUGUCGCAGAACGGACAGCUGAACCGGUUGAUCUUGUCCUACUUAGGUAAUAAUAAGGUCUUGGAGAAGAAGUAUCUGUCGGGUGAUAUUGGCAUCGAGCUUUGUCCUCAGGGAACAUUGGCCGAGCGGUUGCGUGCCGGUGGUGCCGGCAUUCCAGCCUUUUUCACCCCGACUGGCGCGCACACCUUUAUCGAGGAAGGCAAGAUUCCCGUUCGCAUGGAUGAGUCGGGGAAGGUUUUAGAAUCAGGAAAGCCGCGCGAGACUCGUGAGUUCAAUGGCAAAAAAUACUUGAUGGAAACUGCCCUGACGGGUGAUGUGGCGAUCCUGCGUGCGUGGAAGGCCGAUGAGGCUGGAAACUGUGUUUUCCGGUACACGACCAAGGCCUUCGGUCCGAUCAUGGCGAAGGCUGCAACCUUGACCAUCGUGGAAGCCGAGAACAUUGUUCCCGUUGGGUCCAUUGAUCCUAAUGAUGUCGACUUGCCCGGUAUCUUCGUUGACCGAAUCGUGCCGGCCACUGAUGAGAAACACAUUGAGAUCAAGAAGUUACGGGAGAGUGAGACCGACAGCGAGGAGGGCCCGACGAAGAGCCAGGCUCAAAUUGAGCGAGAGCGCAUUGGUCGGAGAGCUGCUAAGGAGUUGAAGCAAGGGUUUUAUGUGAACCUGGGCGUUGGUAUUCCCACUCUCGCUCCAUCAUUCCUGCCUAAGGAUGUCAAGGUCUGGGUUCAAUCCGAGAACGGAAUCCUCGGAAUGGGACCAUAUCCGACCGAAGAGGAGGUCGACGCUGACAUCAUCAAUGCUGGAAAGGAGACCGUGACUCUGAUCCCAGGUGCCGCCACAUUCGACAGUACUGAGUCCUUCGGCAUGAUCCGUGGUGGUCAUGUCGAUGUGUCAAUUCUCGGGGCCCUGCAGGUCAGCGCGAACGGCGAUUUGGCAAACUACAUGAUCCCAGGCAAGGUCUUCAAGGGUAUGGGCGGUGCGAUGGACCUCAUUUCGAAUCCUGAUCAGACAAAAAUCGUGGUCGCGACAAGCCAUGUGGCGAAGGAUGGUUCGCCUAAGAUUGUGCAGAAGUGCAGUCUGCCCCUGACUGGUGCGAACGUUGUUAGCACUAUUAUCACUGACUUGUGUGUCUUCGAAGUAAACCGGGCUACGGGAGAGCUCACUUUGACCGAGCUUGCUCCGGGCGUUGAAGUGGAAGAGGUUCGCAGCAAGACGGACGCCAAGUUCACCGUCGCGGAUAAACUAGAGAUCAUGGAAUAG